AUGCGAAACGCGAGGGGGGCUGUGCGUGACAGCACUAGGGUGGCAUACUCGACCGAUUGCCCCGCAAGUCAGCUGCAUACCACCAUCAUGGCGCAACACGCAGAACUCCAUAUUGAAGCUAGGGUCCCGCCCCUGGCGCCCCUCACGCUGCGGUGGGCAUCUCGAGCCCUGUUUCACACAUCGCCCGAAGGUGCCACCGCAGAGGACCCAGACGAGGCCAAACUUCAAACACGCGCCAGAUGUAUUGCCCGACGCUUCCGCCGGAAAGGUUCUGCACCACCUGAGCGCCCCCACUGUGAACUUUGGGCGGGCGGCUCUGUCGAACCCGGAGCGCAAUCCGGCGGAGCAGCCAUGAUUUACCUCAACGGAGGACUCAUUGCCCAAACAAAAUCAGGUGCGGGACCGAUAGCGCGCAUCUACCGGGCUGCACCCAUCGCAUUGCAAGUGGGCCUAGGGAAAUUGCUGGACACCAUUCCCCGUCAUAGCACUCGGCCGUGCAGGGACUCCGUCUUCACGGACCCCUGGCAGCUCUCAUGGCUCCCCAAACAGGUCCACUAA